AUUUAAUAGAAAACGUUUACAUAGCUUCGAGAAGCAGGAGGGAGCCGAGGUGCCCCCAGGCCAGCGAGGUCCCCGAGCACAGGCCGUCGGUGAACAGCAUUACCGUUUCCAAGAAACGCAGCUGGCUGCAGCAGAGCACGCACCGACCUCCUCCUCCUCCUCCUCCGGGAGAAGAUGAUGCCUGUAAGGAAACGCACGGGGCUGUUAUCCCGGUACCCAAAUCUCCCAUCCUGCUCCCGGAACCCGCAGCGCCACGGGCUCCUUCCCUGUCACCGGUGCGGCGAAGCUGCGCUCCCGUCGGUGCCCUGCCGCGCGCCGCGAGCCCUGCGGCACCGAGGAGCGCUGCUUUGGACUUCGGUGAGGAUAACGACGCGGAUGAUGAAGGAGAAAUAUGGUACAACCCCAUCCCUGAAGAUGACGAGCCUGCCUUGCCCAGGAUCUGCCCUUCUGCUGUGGAUAGCCCUGUUGCCGUGAGCUCCCCGGCGGUUCGGUACAACCCCCUCCCUGGGGGUGACUCUGGGAUGGCCACGGGACCUCAGGAGGGUCCCCCGUGCUCCACGGAGAGCGCAGGGAACAGUCGGACGGCUCAGCCCAACGAAGUGAGUCAGGCCGAUGCCGUGCAUCCCGGGGAGCCCGUGCCGCAGCACCGGCAGAGGUUCGCCUGCAAGGCUCCCAGUGUGCCGGCAGUAGAGGACAAUCCUGCCUUUAAGUGCCCUUCAACAGAGCUGAAGCCAGUUUGUCCGUGGGCUUUUGGGGAGUUUGUGGACGUGCUUUUGAAGGUCGAGGGCUUAUCCAUGCACGUGUCUUUGAUCCGUGGGGUGACAAUGCUUCCCAGUCCUCUGAAAAAAAGUGGAUCAAUCAACUGGCCUUUCCCCGAUAGAAUUAAAUCUCCCAGGACUGUGAGGAAGCUUUCCAUGAAAAUGAAAAAGCUGCCAGAGCUGAGCAGGAAGCUGAGUGUCAAGGGAGCUUCAAGCCAUACUAGCUCAGAUAAUCCUCCUUCCCUGCUGAAAGGUGGCUGCCGGGACACAAGCCACACGGUGUCUUUGCCAUCUUCUGGCAGCUCAGCCACAGCUGCCAGCAGGAACGUGAUAAGUCGUUACCAUCUCGACAGCAGCGUGUCGUCGCAGCACACCUACAAAAAGAAAAGCUCGAGGAGCUCCAGAUCCUUCAGCAAAGGUGGUUACCUCAGUGAUGGCGACUCUCCCGAGCUUAUAACAAAAUCGGGUAAACAUGGCCCUGAAACCAAGUGUGGGAAAGGAAAGGAGAGCCUUCCAAGCAGCAGUGGUAAAACCGAAAUAGAUAUCGAUGCCUUCAGGCAUUACAACUUCUCUGAGCAACCCAAGUGCUCUCAGUACAUCUCUGGGCUCAUGAGCAUUCACUUUUACGGUGCUGAAGACUUAAAACCACCAAGAAUAGACUCAAAAGAUGUCUUUUGUGCAAUACAGGUUGACUCGGUAAACAAAGCAAGAACAGCCCUGCUUACGUGUAGGACGACGUUUCUGGACAUGGACCACACGUUCAACAUCGAAAUUGAAAACGCUCAGCACUUAAAGCUGGUGGUGUUCAGCUGGGAACCCACCCCGCGGAAAAAUCGCGUGUGUUGUCAUGGAACCGUGGCCCUUCCGACUCUCUUCCGAGUGACAAAAUCACAUCAGCUGGCUGUCAAGCUGGAACCGAGGGGGCUUAUUUACGUCAAGCUGUCGCUCAUGGAGCAGUGGGAGAACUCUCUCGAUGGCCUCGACGCCGAUCGGGAGCCCCUGGUGUUCGGGGUGGAUGCUCGGAAAGUUGUGGAGAAGGAAAAUGCAGGCUUGAUGGUGCCACUUUUGAUGCAGAAGUGCAUUCUGGAGAUUGAAAAGAGAGGCUGUCAGGUGGUCGGCCUGUAUCGGUUGUGCGGCUCGGCAGCGGUUAAGAAAGAGCUUCGCGAGGCGUUUGAGAGGGACAGCAAGGCUGUCGCUCUCUGUGAAAGCCAGUACCCAGAUAUUAAUGUCAUAACAGGCGUCCUAAAGGAUUAUCUGCGAGAGCUCCCCUCUCCCCUGAUAACCAAGCAGCUCUACGAAGCAGUGUUGGAUGCCAUGGUGAAGAAUCCCUUGAAAAUGACAGCCAGCGGUUGUGAGAAUGACCCGAGUGACUCUGAGCACACAGCAGCCCUUCUGGAUUGCCUGCCAGAUGUUGAGAAGGCUACCCUGAAGAUGCUGUUGGAUCACCUCAAGCUGGUGGCUUCUUACCACGAAGUAAAUAAGAUGACGUGCCAGAAUUUAGCUGUAUGUUUUGGGCCCGUGUUGCUGAGCCAGAGGCAGGAGACCACCAACCAUAACAACAGAGUCUUCACAGAUUCAGAAGAGCUCGCCAGCGCCCUGGACUUCAAAAAACACAUCGAGGUUCUUCACUAUUUACUCCAGCUGUGGCCAGUACAUCCCUCGCCUGCCAAAGAACCGGCACAUCUGAAUGCGUUUCCCGAGCGCCCAUCCUCCCUGAAUUACCUGAGACCCAGGAGGCCGAGACCUCAGAUGCUGAAUCUGAGCGGGACCGAGAUGUCUGGGGUGCUCAGACCAAGGCCAGCAGGGCUAGACAGCCCGUCGAGCAACCGCUACGCUGGAGACUGGAGUGGUUGUGGGGAGAACUACUUCUUAAACCCCAAAGACUGCCUGAGCGAGGCGGACUACGAUGAUGUCCCUUCGGAAGAUACGGAGAGCGGGGAUGACAGCAGCAAAGCCGAGGAGUCGGAUGCCCCGGGAGGACGCCCGCAGCCCAUCCCCGGAGAGCAGACGUUUCAGAGCUAUUUGACAAUGCAAGCCAUAGACUCGGCGGUGGAUCACCGAGCAAACCUCAAGGACCUGCAGGAAAGUAUUGAUACUCUGAUAGGAAACCUGGAAAGGGAACUCAACAAAAACAAACUAAAUAUGAGUUAUUAA